CGUUAAGAUUACCCCCCCCCUCCCCCGCAAAGCAAAAGCAUGAACAUGCAAGGAAAGAGACGCCGGUAAUAAUUAACACGCGUGAGCUAUUCCAGGAGGCUUCACCUCCCGCAGCGAAGGAUAUCAAGCACUCUGUCCGUGACUCAGCUGUCGUGAAGGUGGCGCAUUUUGCGCCUUAGAUGUGGACAGCAUGUCUUCCGUGGCUUCCCGAAACGGAGACCUGAGGCGCCCGCCGAGGCUUCUGACCCGGCCGAGGCGUCCCCCCGGCACCUGGCCGCCCGAGACGCCCGGGAGGCCGCUCUUUGUGUCUUUUGUCAGCAAGGCCGUCUUGUGGGAAAGGCCCGUCUCCCGCCGGACUAGCCGCGUGAGUCCCCAGCGUCCGUCGGCACUUUGUCCUCGCUUCCUGUCCCACAUGAAGUCCGACUGCCAAGGCCUCAGACCGCCGUGUUUCCUGAGCUCCAAGCCGCGACCGCAGCCUCCGUCGGCGGGUUUUCCGCCGGCAGCUCGCCCCUGCCGACCGCCGUCGGCUGUUGUCACCCGGGGCCACGCGUCCGACGCUGGCCUCGUCGCCAUUGUCAAGUUGGGAAGCGCGGCAGCUGCCGCGCGCCUGGCAGAGCGCGUUUCCUUUUCUCUGCCUUUGUCCGCCGGCCCAGCGGGGCGAACGAGCGUUGUCGCUCCGCGGCCGCUGGGAACGGGAACGUCAGCCGCAGCUGAACAAGAAUCUUUCGUUUGCCUUUCCCGAUGUUUUCUCGUUGAAGGGUUCAUCCACAUGAGAGCUGGUGGGAGACCGCGUGAAGAAUUCCCGAACGCCGUUCCGGUUUUAUCUGACGUUCCGCCAAUUCCGCCGUCCUCCGCUGUCCCUAAAGGACAUGCCGGGCACUCCGACCCCGCAAGACCACGGAGCAACGCCGGCGACGUCCACGGCGGUCUUGCUCCCAAAGGCGGGAAACGUGCAAGUCCGCAGGUGGCCGUACCCGACCCGGGAGAACCGGACCGGGAAUUCCGCCGCAAUCCGAGCGGGUCGGAGCGUCCCGAAGCCGCCUCCUCGUCGGACUUCAGUCGUCGGUCCUCGGGACUCUUCAGCCGCGGCAGCGUGCAACCUGAUCCAAGCCUGGGCAGCUUCUCGCCCGCAUCACCGGACCUUCCGAGAGGAUCCGGUCGUCGAAGUCGCCGCUCGAGUCUCGGCAAGACGCCAGUCGGCUUUGUUCCGCACGAUUCCGGAGCGCCCCGAUCGCCGAUCGUCCGCCGCCGUCGUUCCGUCGAUCCCGCAGACGCCUUCGAUCGUCCUGCAGGUGCCUCCGGAGAUGUUCUUCCGCCAUUGGACUCCCUUUGCAGUUCGUCCCCGAUGAGUCCCAGGUCAGGGGCGAGGCGGGCCCCCUCGGCGGACGCCCGUCGCUGGCCCGUGCUGCCUCCCAUCUCCUCCUUCAACGAACGACGCCGCGGCUCGACGGCGGCGUCGCCGGACUCGAACCCGGCGUUAAGCCGCCCCAACUCCAGCCUCUUCGACGAACUGGAUGCCGUCGCCCCGCCGUCGCCUUCGUCCCGCUCGUCCCCGGACCGAGAGGGCGACUCGACGGACGGGGGCGCCGCCUCGUCUUGCCACGAAGCGCGGCUGCGCACGGGCCUGGCGGCGUUGGCGUUGGAUGGCCAUUCGGGCCAUUUGAGCUCGCUGUCCCGCGUGCGGCUGCUGCUGCUGCAGCAGCAGCGGACGCCGCCGGAGGACCCGGGGCGCUUCCCCGCCGCCGACGGGUGGAGCCCCCGCCGGGAUGUCACGUCGACCUCGGCAGGUCCAAAGGGGACUCCUGACUCGGCCUGGAGGGUCCCAGAAGACGGCGAGUCGGACUGGUCCGUGGGAGGUUCCGGGUCCCUUUCAUCCCGGCUCACGCAGCAAAGUCCGUCACCUGACUCUUCACCCGAACAAGGUUCUGGUUCUGGUUCUGGUUCUGGCGUGGUUCUUGCGGGCGUUCGGGACCAAACAGAGGCGUUUCCGGGACGGGUUGCGGACGAGGAGGAGAGGAAGAGCAAGGUCCUGAAGAUCCUCUACAAGCUGCAGGACCCCGGCAGGCGGACCCCCGGGAAGGCCCACGUCUGCUCCGACUUUGACGACUUCGACUUUUUGGCCAAGUACUGCAUCUUCAGUCCGGAGAAGCUGCGAGAGUACCAAAAGGCCUUUGAAGCAGAGGAUUCCGACGCCGACGGUUACAUCUCCUGCGUCCAAGUGGUGGACGCCCUCAAACGCAUCAUCCCGGCCGAGAUCCUGUCCGAGGAGGAGGAGAUUUACGUCUACAGGAUCCUGGCCCUGGUGGACUUCCGUGUGACCGACGGCCCGGUGGACGUGAGACUCUUUGCCGUCAUCGCCAGCCUGGCGCAGAAGAUCGCCGGAAUGGAUGACUUCAUGAGGUCGCUGGUGACCAACAUGGACUUCCGCUCUCUGGAAGCGCGACUCUUCAAAGUCAAGCGGCUCUUCCUGUUCCUCCUGGAGGAGCAGCGGGCGGACUCGGGCGCCCGGCCGGGUUUCAUCGGCGCCGAGCAGCUCCUGCUGGAGCUGAAGGCGGGCGGCGUCCGUCCGGACCGGGAGGCGGCCGUGGCCCGCGAGCUCCGGAACCUUCUGCCGCUGGACCUGGUGGACUUCCUGGCCUACCUGCCGCUCUUCAUGCUGAUCCACACCUCGGUGGUGGCCAACCCGCUCGACGACGCCUCGCAGCUCUGACCGGGAAAC